AUGGUGGUGGUGGACAAAUUAACUAAAUAUGGGUAUUUCAUUGCUAUGGCUCACCCAUAUACUACAGUUACAGUAGCUCAUUUAUUCAUUGAACAUGUGUUCAAGCUACAUGGAAUGCCUUCUACAAUUGUGAGUGAUAGGGAUCCAGUAUUUCUAAGUGAUUUUUGGAAGGAGUUUUUCAAACUACAAGGUUCCAAGUUUUGCAUGAGCUUAGGUUAUCACCCUCAAACUGAUGGGCAAACUGAGGUAGUUAACAGAGAUGGAAUGUUAGCAUUGUUGAGGCAUAAUUUGUUAUUGGCACAGGAAAGAAUGCAGCUCCAAGCAAAUAACCAUAGAAUUGACAGAGAAUUUGAGGUGGGAGCUUUGGUUUAUCUCAAGCUCAUCCCUUACCAGUUUCCUUCUUUGAAUAAGUAUUCAUUUUCUAAGCUUCACCCUAAGUUUUAUGGACCUUACGAAGUCUUGGAAAGAAUUGGGAAUUCUGCUUACAGACUUAAGUUACCUCCAAAGACUAAAAUUCAUCCUGUCUUCCAUGUGAGUAAUCUAAAAAGGUAUUUGGGAUCAGCUGUAUGCCCUACAACCAAGUUGCCAAUGGUGACAGAUGAGGGUCUUAUUCAACAACAGCCUAGAGCCGUCUCGCAGAGGAGGAUUUACAAAGAAUGUGACAUUAUCGGAACACAAUUAUUAAUACAGUGGGAAGAUCAUACUACUGAGGAAUCAACUUGGGAGGACUAUGAAGAAUUUGUGAAGAAAUUUCCUAAUUUUGUUCUUUAA